AGCUGCUAAUUCUGGUGUCAACUUCAGAAUCCUAAACCAUGGCUCUGGGGCUCAGGAAGCCCAAAGAUCCCGCCGAGCCUGGGGGGAAACUGAGGUCCAGAGCCUGGCGCACCACCGCAGAUGCAGGGGCAGGGAUGGAGCAGCGUCUGGCCUCGCGGACGCGUGGCGCCAGAGCCGCCUCCUUCCGCCCCCCACGAAGGGCUCCCCCCGCCGGGUCUUUGCCCUCACAACGCCACCACCUCGGAAGCAAGUCAUGGGAGCAGCAGUGGCGGCGGUGUGGCUGCUCCUGUGGGCCGCCGCCUGCGCGCAGAGGGAGCAGGACUUCUACGAUUUCAAGGCGGUCAACAUCCGGGGCAAGUUGGUAUCGCUAGAAAAGUACCGUGGUUCGAGAGCAAUGCCAACUUUAGUAAGAAAAGUACUCUGAACCUUGGAUUCUCAAUUAUGCUGGGAGUCCUGGAGGUAUCCCUGGUGGUGAAUGUGGCUAGUGAAUGUGGCUUCACAGACCAGCACUACAGAGCCCUGCAACAACUGCAGCGGGACCUGGGGCCCCACCACUUCAACGUGCUUGCCUUCCCCUGCAAUCAGUUUGGCCAGCAGGAACCUGACAGCAACAAGGAAAUUGAGAGCUUUGCUCGCCGCACCUACAGUGUCUCUUUCCCCAUGUUUAGCAAGGUCGCGGUCAUUGGCACUGGUGCCCACCCUGCCUUCAAGUACCUGACUGAGACUUCUGGAAAGGAGCCCACCUGGAACUUCUGGAAGUAUCUGGUGGCCCCAGAUGGAAAAGUGGUAGGGGCUUGGGACCCAACUGUGUCAGUGGAGGAGAUCAAGCCCCAGAUCACAGCGCUUGUGAGGAAGCUCAUCUUGAAGAAGCGAGAAGACUUAUAACCACUUUCCCUCCUCUUCCCAUGGCCCUCAUCCCUUCCCCAUCUUGCAUAUGUGACCAAGCAAACUCAAAUGGUGCUUCAUAGGGAGAGACUAUUGACUCUCCUUGCUGUGCUCGUAUCCCACCUACCCCAUCAUUCCUGUGGUGGGAGAAAAAUUCUAAUAUUUUUUAUUAUUUGAAUCUUAGUGCAACCUAUAGGAACGCCUGACCAGUGAGUGCUCUUGACCAGUAAGAACCUCUAGCUCAUGAUCAUGUGGCAGAUGGAAAUAUAUCAAGCAAUAAAAUGCCUAUUAAGAACUCUAUAAAAUGGGGCUAAUUCCUACCUCACAGAGUUGUUGUGAGGGUUAGGAUAAAAAAAAUCUAUGAAAGUGGCUAGGGCAGUGCCAGCUAACUAGGAAGUAAUUUAAUACAUGUGUCACAUGUAUUUAAUACAUUGCACAUAAAGGGGGGGGGAAAAACCCUAAAAGACAAACUUGUGAUCAAUGAAAAUUUGUACUCAAUAUGAAUUCCUAGACAAGAACCCAAGCCAAACAUUUACUGUUGUUAUUGUUUUUCUAUGUAUUAUUUUUUUACUUACUAAAGUAAUACAAAUUCAUUGUGAAAUAAUACAGGAUGAUAAAAAAUGAAAAUGAACAAGCAUCUGCCUCAUUUUCUAUACUCUUACUUUCUGGAGCUGAACACUUUGUUUAGCAAUGUGGUACUAAAGCUUCCAAGCCUAUUUUUAUCAAGUUGAUCAUUAUUGCCAAUAAGAAUUCAGUGACCAAAAGUACACUGCAAUAAUAAACAGGCAAAAGACAUAUGAAUAGAUAAUUUGCAGAAGAAUAUUGAUGGAUGAUAAGGAUGUGAAGAGAUGCCUCAUUCAAGUUGGA